AGACCUUGCUGCUAUUGUCAAAGUGUUAAAAUGUUUUUUGAGUCCUGUAUAAUAUUGUGGACAGGCUUAUCAUUUCUGCUAAGGUCUAAGGAUACCUCGUCGUCCCCUGUGUCUGUAACUGAAAAUAUAGAGCUAGAAACUAUGAAUUCAAAGACUUUGAAGCCGGCUGAGGCCCCGAACAAGCUUUUGUCGGCUGUUAAGGACCUUCUGCUGUGGCGAAGCUUCCGCCUAACCCUGGUGGUAUUCACGACCAUCGUGAUCCUGCUCCUGGACAUCAUGGCUCACUCGGUGAUUAGUGUGAUCAGCAUGGCAGGCAUCACUGUACUUCUGGCGGCUGUCGCAUAUCGUUGUUUCUGUCAGUUUACAAAGUGGAGGAAGGGCGGUGGAGUCCAGGAUGAGGUUGCAACGUGUAUGUAUCCGAAAGUUAGGAUUGAUAUACCUCGAGAGGAGACCAUGCGACUGGCAGGUGUUGGCGUUGAUUAUCUGAACAUUUGCUUAAAUCGUAUAAUUGGAUUGAUUUUGGUGGAGAGCUGGGAGGAGUCCCUAAAGUGCCUGGCCAUACUUUGCGGUCUUAAUUUACUGGGCGAUUGUUUCAACGGAAUAACAUUGAUUUUAUUUGUACACGUCUUACUUUUUACCUUACCAAAACUUUACGAAUGGUACCAACCAUUUAUUGAUGCUCAGUUGUUAAAAUUAAGUAAAUUCAAGAAACAGAAUAAGAAGAUACCCGAAACUAAGACUGAAAACCCAGAGAACCCCCCAGAGGAUAAUUUUGCCAAGGGUCAGUAUAAGGAAGAGGAGUCCAGUGAGAGCAACUUGCUCUAUAAGAUCUCCGAUAAUGAGCAGCUACUGGAUCUUCUGGAGGCAGAGCAUCGCAAGGGCUGCCGAUGUCGCGACUGCGAGCACCAGGAUCUGCCCAUCGAGGAGCUUUAAAUUCCAUUCAAUUUUACGAAAUCACUUUUGAAGUUUAUGUUCAAAAUUUGCGUUGUGCCAAUACAGUUGUUUAUUAUUCAA